GGAAACCCUGGCCGCGGCGUCUGGGGUGAGGUGGCGGCGGAGGCGGCGGCCAGCGGAGGGGAUCCCGCGGAGCGUGCGGAGCAGCGACUGGGAGUGCGGUGAUUACGCUAGUUUCAGAAAGAAGUAAUGAUGUAAAUCAUUCGUUGUGCAAACCUCGAGUUCAAAGGUGAGAAGGAAGGUCAGAAAGAACAUGGCCUGGCCAAGCAUUUGUCAGAGGGGAGCUCCGUGUUCUCGAUUCAGCCAUCACCACGCUGUUGUGUUCCUGCUCACCUUCUUCAGCUAUUCGUUGCUCCAUGCUUCAAGGAAAACAUUCAGCAAUGUCAAAGUCAGUAUCUCUAAGCAGUGGACCCCAAGUGCGUUUAACACAUCAGUUGAACUGCCUGUGGAGAUCUGGAGCAGUAAUCACCUGUUCCCCAAUGCAGAGGAAGCUACCCUUUUUCUGGGGACACUGGACACUAUUUUCCUCUUCUCUUACGCUGCGGGCCUUUUCAUCAGUGGUAUCCUUGGGGAUCGGCUGAAUUUACGAUGGGUUCUUUCUUUUGGCAUGUGCUCUUCUGCCUUAGUGGUGUUUGUCUUUGGCACGCUCACCGAGUGGCUGCGCUUCUACGACAAGUGGUUGUACUGCUGCCUGUGGGUUGUGAACGGCCUGCUGCAGUCCACCGGGUGGCCCUGCGUGGUGGCUGUUAUGGGCAACUGGUUCGGGAAAGCUGGACGUGGUGUUGUUUUUGGUCUCUGGAGUGCCUGCGCUUCAGUGGGCAAUAUUCUGGGAGCGUGCCUGGCUUCUUCUGUUCUCCAGUAUGGUUAUGAGUAUGCCUUUCUGGUCACGGCGUCAGUGCAGUUCUCUGGUGGGAUUGUCAUCUUCUUUGGACUCCUGGUGUCACCAGAAGAAAUUGGUCUCCCAGGUAUUGAGACAGAAGAAAAUUCUGAAGAAGACUCACACAGGCCUUUAAUUAGUGGUGCUGAAAAUGAAGAUGAAUUCGAGCCUAAUUAUUCAAUCCAAGAAGACAGUGCUCUUCCCCAGGUCAAGGCCAUAAGCUUUCAUCAGGCGUGUUGCCUCCCUGGAGUCAUACCGUAUUCACUGGCCUAUGCCUGCUUGAAGUUGGUCAAUUACUCCUUCUUCUUCUGGCUGCCCUUCUACCUGAGUAACAACUUUGAGUGGAAGGAGGCUGACGCCGACAAGCUGUCCAUUUGGUACGACGUUGGAGGAAUCAUAGGUGGGACUUUGCAAGGCUUCGUCUCUGACAUCCUGCAGAAGAGAGCGCCUGUUUUAGCUCUAAGCCUGCUGCUGGCGGUUGGCUCCCUCGUUGGCUAUAGUCAUUCGCCCAAGGAUAAGUCCAUCAACGCGCUCCUGAUGACUGUCACAGGAUUUUUUAUUGGUGGCCCUUCUAAUAUGAUCAGCUCUGCUAUCUCUGCGGACCUGGGUCGCCAGGAGCUGAUCCGAGGGAGCAGUGAGGCCUUGGCGACCGUCACAGGAAUCGUCGAUGGGACUGGGAGCAUUGGCGCGGCUGUGGGCCAGUAUCUAGUGUCUUUGAUCCAGGACAAGCUAGGAUGGAUGUGGGUUUUCUACUUUUUCAUUCUCAUGACCAGUUGCACAAUCCUGUUUAUCUCACCAUUAAUAGUGAGGGAAGUAUUCCAUCUCGUGCAGAGGAGACACACUCACAUGCUGAGUGAGUGACUGGUGUCCACAAGGAAACCAGGAAGUGGAGCAGACAGAGGAGGCACGUCCGGACUCCUCUGUGCUCUUGCCUGCCCCGUCGGGGGCUGUCUGUGCACCACAGCCUCGCCUCGG